AUGGGCACCUCCAAGUCCGUCAGCUGCAGUUGCCGAGCCGGCGCUGAACGUCGACACGCUGAUGUACGCGGCGGUAGGACUGCUUGCGGCGUUCUCGACGUCGACGACGCCGACGGUGAUGAGGUGCGGAAGAAGUUGUGCAGGUGGAGUUCGCGUCGGAGACUAGAUAGUCCGAAGCCACCUCCACCACCACCACCUCCGCCACUACCACCUGCCGCCGACGACGACGACGAGGAGCCGCGUCUUCGUGGCAUUUGA